AUGCGCAGAGUUCUGAGCGCUUUCAAAUUUGCGGAAAAGACUAUUGGUAUCUACUUUGUAGUCACCAGCGAGUUUCAAAUUGUCCCUGCCGUAGUGGAAUCGUCCUCCGAGGACGAAAAUGAUGGCAAUCACGACCUUGACUUGGGAGCUUUUGAGCUUGUUGAUUCGGGCAUGACUGCUGAGUCAUUGCUUUCAACAGAGGAUCCUGUCAUCUUCCACAAAGACCUUCCUGUUCAUUCUGUCCAUCACGAUACCGUGCAGACAGAAGCAGCUUUGGCUAACCUUAUGUCGGCUCCGUCAAGUAUGCUUACGGGAGCAAUACCUCCAACAAUGGUGGAAGAUAAUUACUGCUUUGUUGUUGAUGGCGAGCGUGUUCGCAUGGGUGAUAUACUUGGUGAUGAUCAGUGGUGGCGGCAUACGUCACGACCGACCAAGUACUUCUAUUCGGAGGACCUAAGGCAAUUCCAUCGUGUAAACUGCAUUGCUGUCAAAGGAAAGGUCAUCACGGCCAAAUUAGCUUCCGGGGCAGCGCAGGUGAGAUAUUGAAG